AUGGGUCAAGACACUGAAGGGCGCAAACGAUCUGAAAUCAAAACACACAAGAUAAUCUCACAUACCGAUCCCAGCGCACAGGAAACAAUUCGACUGAUCGUACGGCUUUUCUGUAUGUCACGUUUAAAAGCGAUACUACAUAAGGAGAGUGAUUCAAAAAAGUGUUCAAUGAGGACGGCUGGAGAUGUAGUUAAACGUGUUUUAUGGGAUGAAAAGAUUCCUCAGAAAUGUAUAACAAUUGGAUAUUUGGAUAGAUUUAAAGGCAUUCUAGAAAAACCUUUUGAUGAAUUUUCUUGGGAACCGUUAGAUAGUUUGGAUUAUUUUACUUUUGGUGUACCUGAACAUCGUAUUCAGUACUUUAAAUAUAAGGAUAUAGUUGUAUGGGAUAAACGCUUCAGACUAGAUAGAGUUUUCGGUAGUAGCCGUUCAACCAAAACAAUACGGGAUAUAAUAGAAAACUAUGAAGAGUAUUGUCAGACUAUUCAAGACAUUCCUGAUAUUCAGCUCAGCGAAAUAGUUGACAAUGUUCCAUUUCAAUGGGACGCAAAAGCUACAGAAGACAGUUGCUCCUCAGAAAGUCAAACAGAAGGGUCGUUAAAGGAAAUAACGCACCACAAAAUAAAAUACAAACCGAAUUUCUUUAUUUGUCAACGAAUCGAAUCUCCUGAUUUCAUUGAAAAGGCGUUAAAAAUUCAAUCGAAAAUAUGUAACACUCAGCCGUAUUAUAAAGAUAGCUGUAUUGACUCAAAGCUAUUCCACCUUACGCUCGCAACAGUGCGACUAGAAGAUAGUCUUCAAAUAUCAGAGUGCAUGGAAACCCUUAGACAGGCGGAAACACAACUUCGUAAAUCCGCUCCAGCAAAUCAACUUUCAAUAAAAGGCGUGGGUAACUUUCACGGUCGAGUUUUGUAUGCAGUAGUGGAGUCCAAUGAAAAUUUGAAUUUAUUUGUCGAUAAGCUAAAUGAGAUUCUACAAAUGGCGGGAUUCAGUACAGAUGAUCGAAAAAAGUUUAAACCUCAUAUCUCUCUGAUGAAGAUUACUCGAUCAGUAUCAAAAAAAGUCGGUGCAAAAAAAUUCGAUCCUGAUCUGUAUAGUGAAUUUCUAGACAAUGAGUUUGGAGUAUUCGCUGUCGAUUCGAUUCAUCUGUGUGCAAUAGGAAGACCUCAUAAUGAUGAUGGUUUCUAUCGUACUGUCGGAAAUUUACAUUUUCUAAACCCCAUUUCUAAAUAA